AUGUCUGUCAAUGAUAGUCUAAAGAAGAAUGAUAGGACAGUUGUAAUAGACGAUACAAUGCUUUUAUUGUUGCGCAAAAAGCGACGAUCUUUUUACCACCAAACGUGUCUACUCAGUGUCAUGGCAGCUUUUACAAUAGGCUUAGCUAUGGGCAUCUUCUUUCUUCCUCUAAUAGGAUUAACGUCAGCUAAAUCCCCAACAGAUACCAUAUCACAUUCACUGCAGCAAAGUCAAAACGAUUCGCUGCACACUCAACAGCAACAGCAACAACAACAACAGCAAAAGCAGUCAAAUGUUAUUUUAUCAAGGGUUGGUGACUUGUAUUCGAAAGUACAUAAAUAUGACUUCAAAUCGGCGAGCGCAAAUAGAAAUCAUAAAAUUAAAAAUCAAAUUCAUGAACUGAAACGUAAUGGCAACAGCUUUACACCGACAACAAUAAAUAAUAAUUUCUUAAAUCCAACCAUCUAUUCUUCCGUGUCAUUUAUAUCAGAUGAAAAAUAUUCAACGGAAAAUAUUUUGAAUAGCUGGAACAAUGGAAAGGCUAGAAAAGUAAAUAACGAUUAUGGUAUUGAAGUUGAUGAUGAUGAUGAUGUUGCUAUUGAGAUACCUGACGAAGACGUCGACGACGACGACGAAGACGACGAUAUGGAAGGAGGCAUGAACAGCAACAAUAGUCAGUUGAAUAAAAAUAUGAAUAACGAUUUCGAUGAUUUGGAACAUGAUAAUGUGGUUGCCGCAGUCGAUUUAUUGCAGCAAAACAAACGGCAAUUCGAUAAUGUUGAUUCCACCUCUCUAAAUUCUUAUGAGAAAGAAAACAAUGAAACAUUGCGACGAAUUGUCGAUGAUGAUUUUUAUUGGGGUCAAAUUGUUGAGAAUCGUUUACCCGUCGGUUUUAGCAAACGCGAAACGGAAAACUGGCGAAAUUAUCUCGAAAGUAACACCACAGAAAUUGUCAAAAUCGAACAAGGAUGUGGUCGCAUGCAAAAUCGUUUGGUAACAUUUAGCGACGGUUUUAAAGCAUGUGUAAGGUAUCGUCAAAACACUGAUCAGAUUCAAGGUGAAUUGUUCAGCUUUUACUUGGGAAGGAUUCUUAAUAUUACGAAUCUUGCACCAAGUACAGCUGCUGUCAUCGAUUGGGACUCCCGUUUAUGGUCGCAAGUGAGAGAACAUAUCACUGAAUCUCAAUGGAAAACCUCGCGACCUAUUGUGCUGACAAAAUGGAUUGCUGACUUGGAGCCUUCAGGUAUUCCCGAACAAUUUCGUCCACUCGAACGACAUUUAAAUCGAGAAGACAUUCGUAACAUUACACUGGACGAUGGUGUUACGAAACCAACUCAAAUAUUGAUUGAUCGAUUGAAGCCAAAAUAUAAUGCCGAUAGCAAUCAGAAUACGAAAAAGUUAUGGCAGAAGAAGAAAAUCGUUUUGAAUGAUCGAAUGUUUGCAAAGUUUGUUGAGCUUGCACAGUGGUCAGAUUUGAUCAUAUUCGACUAUCUCAUUGCGAAUCUUGAUCGUGUUGUAAAUAAUCUCUACAAUUUCCAAUGGAAUGCUGACAUAAUGGCUGCACCAGCACAUAAUUUAGCUAAACAAAUCAAUUCACAAUUGUUAGUAUUUUUAGACAAUGAAUCGGGUCUGCUGCAUGGCUACCGAUUAUUGAAGAAGUAUGAAGCUUAUCAUGGCCUUCUACUUGACAACUUAUGUGUGUUUCGCAAGUCAACAAUCGACUCGUUAAAGUAUCUUCGAGACAACAGUCCCGGUGAAUUAUUAAACAAUUUAUUCGAGAGAACAACUUCCAAGAAGGUUCGUGACGUUCUUCCGCCACUUCCGGAAAAGUCAGUGAAAAUUCUCAUCGAUCGAAUUGAUCGGAUACUCCAACAAGUUCAGAAAUGUCAAGAAAAUUAUGCAAACAGAUAG